UCAGUUCUAAUAGCCGCAAACUAUCUGUUAGUUAAAAGGUUAGCGUUUUGUGGAUAUGGUUCUGGUCUUACGGAUGCCUCGAACAAGGGUAAUGAAGCAGAGGAUGUGUAUGAAAAGGCUGAAGAAAGAUUAAAAGCGAGCAAUGGAAAUUCCUGCAAAUAAGAGAAAGUAUACAAUCAAUCAACCAAUUGGUGAUCUUCCAUCAGCUUGUAGCCCUUUGAGUGGGCUCCUGUUGCUGUGUCAGAGGGGUUACUUUGUGUGGUUUCCUGUUUGCAAGCAUGCUGGUGGUCUUGCAGGGAAGGAGUGUAGCAGUACAAGGUGGUGGUGGGAAGACCAGAAAAGGACAGAUCCAGGCUCUACACAGAUGGAGGGCUGUAUCCACAGAAGGAGGAUAGACCACAUCACCAUCCCCUUCAGUGCGGCAUGCACCCAGGUGCUGGAGGACGGCUAUAGUGAGCCAGCAGCAUCACUGCACAGCAGAUCAGGUGCAGGAGAGAAGUGAGAAAUUGCCUCACCAAUUGAAUUAAGCACAAUCCUGUUCCUGUUGUCAGCCCACAUGCAAGUGAAAAUUUGCCAUACAGGUCUCUGAGGUGACACGGGUCAGCGCAGGGAUUGUAAGGAUACCCAUCUUUUACAUCUGUCCAUCCUUGUCAGUAAAGCCGGCGAUGUGUGUGACCAUGUGCCGCCGACGGAGAAGAGAUCAUGCUUUCAAGGGCAGAGCCUUAUAACCUGCCAAGAGAAUGGGGAUAUCUUGAAACUUGUAUGUUAUUGUUGUGACCUUCGCUAGAACAAAAUGUCUAACACCAAGUGUUUGAACCAUUACAGUCAGUACCAGUGUAUCACUCUUUAACUCUUUAUUGGCUCCAUUGCUCAGAGCUUCCAGCUCUGACAGGUAAUAAAACAUGUACCUUUACUGCCUAAGUACCAAGCCGUCUAAUCCACUAACAGAGGCAGGUUUGGUGGUCCUGUUGUACUAGUUCUCAUUUAAUAUAUCUGCUCUCACUCAAAGUUCCAGUUUUGUAUGUUGCAAUAAUAAUGUUUUCGUUUCCGUAAAUUAUGCAGCAGACAGAAACCUGUGUGAUCCAAUCUGAGAAAAAGCAUCAUUCAUCAGGAUUCCUCCGAUGAUGCCAAACAACUGGCUGGACACCACUAGGGCAGGGCUAGUCUCUUUCCAGCGCCGCAGCAAGCCCUGAAUCUCCAGAGCACAUGCAGGCUCAUAGUGAUGUCAGUCGGGCGUGCGUUGCUCUUGCAAUCAGAGCUAACUCUCCUCCCAGGCACCGUGAAGCUUGUUGCAUGUGUGGCACGACACGGGGCGAGUCCGGCGUGAAGGCGGAGCCCUGAUUACGGCCGGUGCAUUGUCUUCGCAGCCACAACUGUUCUGGCUAAUUAACGACGAGCCGCAGCCGAGGGGACCUCCCUGAGGGAGGAGCAGACCACCGCAAGGGGAAGACUUUCCAGCCGCAGGGCCGGAGGAGACUGUGACUGUGACUGUGACUAGUUUCAGAGCUGGAAGAGUUAGAGAAAACCUGGAAUGAAGCCUGGCAGCAUGCAGCUACAUUAAUAACUUGAACUAUAACACAGCCACAUCUUUCAGAGAGAAACCAGAACAAACAAAACUUGUGGUGGUCCGGUGGCACUCCGGGCCAGGUUAGCUGGCGGAAGAAAUGGCAAGCUCAUGGAGGAGCUACAAAUACAGUUGCAUUUGUCAGGGAGGAUGGACAAUGAACAAGGUCAGGGAAGAUCAAGGAUUCUGUCUGGCGUUAAGCUCCACUGUGGGACAUGAGACUGGAUCUUGGAGGAAGGCUGCAGUCUCCCGAUGUUGGACAAACAGAUGUGGUGAUGUGGUCCCCAGAGCCAAGGAAGUUCAUCCUCACUGAGCUGACAGUGCCGUGGGAGGAAGGGUGUGAGGAGAGGAAAAGAGCCAAAUACGGUACAAGACUGCAGAGGGAAAAGACUGGGAGAGGCAGAGGAGAGAGCCUCAUGCUGGCUCUGGAAUAGGAGGGAGGCCAGGAAGACAUGAGCAGUGACUGGCACAGCUGACCCACCAACCCACCAGCCCCUGUUGAUGUCAUGGAUCAGGGUCAAAACACCUGUUGAAAGCUGGGGCCGCUGUUUCCUGGCCAACAGCAGUAAUCAGCACAAUGAUUGACAAAGGAGAGCAUCAGUAAACAAGAAGGAUUUCCCUUGUGUUCACAAGGGCUGUAAUGACACUGCUGCCUGUUAAUGGCAGCUACCAGUUGUUCAAUGGAACAAGGACACAGCGAUGAACUGAUAGGAUCACAUUUUUGGGGAACAGCAUAUGAUCGCCAUCUCUACACCUCCCCUGCAGGUUCUGCCAUGGCCUGAUGAAGAUGCACAGGAUUAUGGGAAAGCCCUGUGCAGCAUCUUUAAAUUGAGGGGCCAUGAGUGAGCCAGUGCCUACCCCAGAAAGCCAUGGGUGCAAGGAAGGACACACCUUUGAUGGGAUACCAGGCAGAGGACACGCACAGACACCAGACCCUCUUUCCAGAAACCAACCUGCAUACCAGUUUUCUCGAUAGGCUUGAGUUACAUUUCCCGUGUCCUGCGAUGGACUGGUGUCCCAUCCAGGGUGUACUCUGCCUUGUGCCCGUUGCUUGCUGGGAUAGGCUCCACCCCCCCCCCGUGACCCUGAGUUAGAUCAAGCAGAAUGGAUGGGUGCAUCUAGAUGUCCAGGGCCAGAAGACACCUAGCCGCUCAGAGCUGCCAUGAGGCGCCGGCUUUCUCACAAGGACUCCCGGGCCCUGCCCUCUUGUGACAGCAGCCCGGAUUCCUCCCCCUGUGGCCGAGGAGCUCACCCCUGCUGCUUCUGCUGGUGCUGCUGCUGCAGCUGUUCCUGCCUGACGGUGAGAAACAAAGACAAGGACAUGUGCAGCAGCAGGAGAGCUUCCAAUGUGUCAACGCUGGGGAGCCUGCAGAAGACCGAAGAGAGCGGAAGAGUGAGCCUGACGGAGGUGUCCUCCUGGGCCGUGUCCUUCAACACCCUCCUGGAGAGCCCCGCCGGCCGCGCCGUCUUCAUGGAGUUCCUCCGCUCGGAGCACAGCGACGAGAACAUGCUGUUCUGGCAGGCCUGCGAGGAGCUCAAGACGGUGACCCACAAGGCCACCAUCGCCGAGAGGGUCAAGCAGAUCUACCUGGACUACAUCUCCAUCCUGUCUCCCAAAGAGGUCAGCAUUGAUGCCACUGUCCGCGAGACCAUCAACAGGAACAUGUCGGCACCCACAGCCUAUGUUUUCAACGAUGCCCAAGCACAGAUCUAUGCACUGAUGCACAGAGACUCUUACCCCAGGUUCCUCAACUCUCCCCUCUACCAGUCUCUCCUCCGGAGCCUGGGACCUGCUCACCCUGUGGCUGAGUGCUAGGAGGCAGCAGAUGACACCCUCCACCUUCCACAGUUCCUCCUCAGCUGCUGGGAUUCCACUCCUAUAUGGCGCUGAUGAUCUCUGGUGCUCAGAUUUUGUGACACACAGUUUGUCAUGAAUUACACCUCAGAAUUUUCUCUGCUCGAGCUGUACUUGAGUUUUUUUUUUCCAGUGGGGGGUCCUCUGGGUUUACUGGGGGCAAGAAAUACUGACAGUGUUGUACCAGUAAGUUGUGUACCCACAGAAAACAGGAGGGCAAAGAUAUGACGUCCAAAAUUCUGGUCCAAAUCGUAAAGCCAUCACAAUGCCUUACACAGAUGGAAAGAUGCGUCUGUUGACAGGACAUGUAGUAUUGUAUUGAAAGCUUUAGGUUUGGAUAAAGAGGCUGUACUGAAUUAAUCUUUUAAACAUGGCUUUGCACCAUAGGCUGAUUUACUUAUACAGUGCCAGGUUGGUGUGGUGGCACACUUGGGUUAAUGAUAUAGGGACUGCAACAAAAGAUGGAUAUUCUGAUACUGUCUUUUUCUAACAAAAUUCAUCGGAAGAUGCUAAGACUUUCAUUUACUAUUGUGUGUCGAAAAGACCUGAUGCCUUACGUUUGCAUUGCUGGGUGGUCCUUAGUGAUCAUGCGUCUUUCAUCCAUAGAUUUGACUUAUAUUGAUUGACGUGGCGUUGUUUACAUAAGGUUACUGUGUCAAAAGAGAGACUGUAAAAUGAGACACAGAUUUGUCAUUUCUUUUAGUUACCAAUGACACUUUUCUGGAACCCUCUUCACCUCUACUGUGUCCACUGUGUCCACUACUGUGUCUGUGCCCUGAGAGUAAUGCUGUCGCUUGGUAUCUGCAUUGGCCUUUCAUUCAAGCUUGUGUGCGCUUCUCUUUCUUUCCGAAGGAACAACUAAACUCCUCUUUGAAAAGAAACUCCAUCUCCGGCAGGACUGAAUUUCAGUGUACAGUCACUUUAGCACUCUUCAGGCAGAGCACUCAUUUUUGAGAGGAAAAAAGUUAAUGCGCUUGAUUUGAUCAUUCUUUCUGUGGAAGUGGGGGGGAUUGUGAACAUUACCAAGGGAAAAAUCGUUUCCUUGUUUCCUUUUGUUUUAAAGACGUCCUCGUUGAGGAGGAGCUUGGCAUAUUUCCUGAAAGGAGUGAGCCGUGAAAUCCAAGGUAAGAGACCUUCUUUCAAACAGCACAGUCUCCAAUACAGAAGCCCUUCACAUGGCACAGCUCACUAAUGGCAUAGACACUGGAUUAUUCACAGGUAGGAAAUACUUCUAAAGACAAAAGUAACUUCUGAUAAAGCAACACCAAAAGAAUUUUGUUCACUUAGAAGCUCUUUUUCUGUGGCUUUGCUUGGUAUUUUUUUGAUCGUCCCUUUUGAGCCUUUGUACUGUAGAAUUAGUAUUUAAUUGUGUUGUGGAGUGUAUGGUAUAAUUGCCACAAUAUAUUAUCUCAGCUAUGCAGCCCUGUAUCAGUCACCAGGCUGCCUCCGGGUCUGUUCGAGUAUGAUAAGAAUUGACUUUGUAACAACAACAGUAAUUGAUUUGCUCCUAAGAAGCUGUCAAGAGAUGGAAUGAUCGAUUUAAAAGAACAGGAGGAAAACCACCUGAGACGGAAACAGACCACCCUGUCAUGUACUAUGAGGCUGUACUGUAUAAAAAAUGUUAGAAGAUGUAGCAGUUUGUUCUCGGGGACAGACCCAAUUUGUGUAUUGGGUUUAACAAAGCUUAAUCUGUGCAAGGCUGUCUCCUGUUGUUCUGGUAAAGGAUUGCCCACAGGUUAAAGUUCAUCUUCCCUCUCCCAUCUCUUCUAGACAACUACUUUAAAAGACUAGAUGGUACUCUAUACUACAUGUUAAGAGUUAAAUAUUCUUUUGCUUUUGAACAGAUAUUUUUGGAAUCAUUUUCAGUUUAGAUUUGUUUUAAUUUAGGGACAGGAUACAGUAGUUCUCUUUGCAGCUCUGGUAAGUGGUGCCUAUUGUACAGCUAUAACAUGUCAUUGCCCUAGAAACCCGAAUCAUCAGACCAGCCUACAAUAUUUUCAACACAUUUUCUCGCCCCACUGUGUUAGCUGUGUGUUUUUCACUCUUCCUCCAAAUUCUCAGCCUCCAUUCAUAUCAGUGGCUUUGGGAAAAGCAAAAAUAAGACAGGGACUCUGUAUAGAGAUUCUGUGCUCAUCCUGUGUUGAGUUUGUGGUACAGAGACUCUUUUUAAUGCUGUUUAUUUUAUUAUAUACAAUUGUGUGUUAAAAAAAAUACAACAGCACACAUAGCAUACAUUAGAAACACCUUAACAUUGAACUGGACAACAAGCAUGGCCCUUCUCUGCAAGAUAUAACUACAUUCAGGGAGAGCAGCAGUGAUGAAAUAUUUCAUAUUUGUAUUUUUCUUAUUUAUUAUAUGAAAAAUUUAGAUGACUCAUACAGGUGAUAUUAACAAUCAGAGUAGUUCAUGAUGGAAUUCAGACCUUGGACGAUUAUGGAGAUUGAUUUUACUAACAGCAUGCAUUAAAGCAAUAGGCUUAGCAACAGGCAUACCGAAGAAGGCCGAUAACAGUGCCCUCAUAGAUGCUGGAAACUGGAAAUCUUUUCUAAAACAUUUCAGCCACCAUUGUAUCGUGUAGCUGCAACUAGUAACUUUGACCUUGGACUUCUGAAACUGUUUUCAAUGGUAAAUUGAUUUAUUUAAAUUUUUUUAGCGUUUUAAGUGGCUUCAAAAGACCAUUUGCUUCAUGAAGCACACAGUAAUAGCAAGUGGGAUGCAGCAGGGGUCACGUGACCCCCCUCUAGGACAGCGCGGCGCAGGGGUCACAUGACCAGUGGCAGCAGCCUACACACACUUGCACCGCAGGGGUAGCAGCACGUUUUUUUUUUAGUCUCCAUUCCCCAAAGCAAAGGAAAGACAGGGACCCGACAGUCACCCUGUAUUAAGUUUGUGAUACAGAUCCUGUUUUUUAAUGCUGCUUUGGCAUUACUUUAUUAUACACAAUAUUGUCUUAAGAACACAACAGCACAUGUAGGAUGCACUGGAAACACUUUCACAUGGACGAAGGGCAAGAGCAUGGUGGUGUCUGCAGAAUCUAACUGCACUCAGGGAGUGCAGCAGAGUGAUGAUAGUUUUCAAGUAUUUUUCUUAUAUUUAGGAGAUUAAAAAUUUCAAUGACUCAUCAUACAGUUGAUAUUCAGUAAUUCACAAUGGAAUUCUGACCUUGAACGAUAACGGAGAUCAACUUUUUUCCU